UUCCAUCCAUCCCGUGAAAAGGCAACUUCAUCAUCCACACACGCAACCCUCACAUCUCUUCCAACUCUCUUUCCCAUCCAUUUUAUCAUCAUGUCUACCCCCGAGUUCGUCAUCAAGGAGAAGCUCGUCUUGAAGGCUCCCCCACCAGCCUUCAGCGACAUCGCAAAGGCCUCCAACGACCUCAUCAACAAGGACUUCUACCACAAUGCCGCAGCUGCCCUUGAGGUCAAGCUGAGGGCCCCCAACGGUGUCAACUUCACCGCAAAGGGCACCUCGGCGCACGAUGGGCCCGUUACCUCCUCUCUCGAGGGAAAGAAGGCCCUCUCCAAUGGCAUUGCCAUCACCCAGUCGUGGAACACCGCCAACCUCCUCUCCACCAAGGUUGAGCUCAACGACACCCUCGCCUCUGGCUUGAAGACGGAGCUUCUCUCCAACUUCAACCCCGCUGCCGGAAACAAGGGCCAGAAGCUCAACUUCCUUUUCAAGCAGAACAACUUCCACGGACGCGUCUUUGGUGACCUCCAGGCCAGCGGUGCUGUCAGCGCUGUCGCUGAUGCCGUCUUGAGCCACGAGGGUUUCCUCGUUGGUGGUGAGGUCGGCUACGAUGUCCAGAAGGCAUCCAUUACCAAGUACUCUGCUGCCGUCGGAUACACCACCCCCGUCUACAACGCCGCCAUCACCGCCACCAACUCCCUCAGCGUCUUCACCGCCGCCUACUACCAGAAGGUCAACGCCGCCGUUGAGGCCGGUGCCAAGGCCAGCUGGGACUCCAAGUCCAACUCUGCUGUUGGUCUUGAGCUUGCUGCCAAGUACAAGAUUGACCCUGCUUCCUUCGCCAAGGCCAAGAUCAACAACCUCGGCAUUGCGUCUCUCGCCUACAACACCAAGGUCAACAGCGGUCUGACCUUCGGUGUCGGUGGCUCUUUCGAUACCCAGAAGUUGAACGAGGCCGGUCACAAGCUCGGCACCAGCUUCACCUUUGAAGGUUAAGUGGACUGUGUUGCGUAGAUGAAUUUGGGC